AUGUGCAUAAACACCACCAACCCUACACCUAUCACCAUCAAUGGCGUGCCACUCGAGUUUGCAGAGGACUUCACAUACCUGGGGAGCCUCAUCAGCAAGGACAAUGGAGCGAAAAAAGACAUUCAAGCAAGGCUCUCAAAAGCUCGUGGGGCAUUCGCAAGACUACAGCCAAUCUGGAAGUCCCGACAGUACCAUCUCAGGACCAAGAUUCAGCUCUACAACAGCUUCGGUCUGGAGGAGUCGGUGGCCACCUUCAAGGGAAACGAGUUCUUCUGCUACGACCUGUCUCUGACGCCGAUCCAGAGCAGCACGGACGAGAUCACGCUCUCCUUCCGCACGCUGCAGCGUAACGGGUUGAUGCUGCACACGGGGAAGUCGGCCGACUACGUGAACCUGUCGCUCAAGAGCGGUGCCGUCUGGCUGGUCAUCAACCUGGGCUCCGGAGCCUUCGAGGCCCUGGUGGAGCCCGUCAACGGGAAGUUCAACGACAACGCCUGGCACGACGUCAGGGUGACACGCAACCUGCGCCAGGUGACUAUAUCUGUGGAUGGCAUCCUGACCACCACUGGCUACACCCAGGAGGAUUACACCAUGCUGGGCUCCGAUGACUUCUUCUACAUUGGGGGCAGUCCCAACACCGCCGACCUGCCCGGAUCACCCGUCAGCAACAACUUCAUGGGCUGUCUCAAGGAUGUGGUGUACAAGAACAACGACUUCAAGCUGGAGCUGUCCAAACUGGCCAUUGACCGCGACCCCAAGAUCAGUCUCCACGGCGACCUGGUGUUCCGUUGCGAAGACGUGGCGGCGCUCGACCCCGUGACCUUUGAGACGCCGGAGUCGUUCAUCGCCCUGCCGCGCUGGGAUACGAAGAAGACCGGGUCCAUAUCCUUCGACUUCAGAACCACGGAGCCCAGUGGACUUCUGCUGUUCAGUCACGGGAAGGUGACGACAGAGGCUCCUCGUGCGGGUCGCGACCUGAAGGCAGACUACUUCGCCAUGGAGCUGCUGGACGGCUACCUGUACCUCCUAAUGGACAUGGGGUCGGGAUCCGUCAAGCUCAAGGCCUCCAAUAAGAAGGUCAACGAUGGGGAGUGGUGCCACGUGGACUUCCAACGGGAGGGCAGGAAAGGCUCCAUAUCGGUGAAUAGUCGCACCAUGCCGUUUGCGUCUAACGAGGGGAGUGACUUCCUAGACCUGGACGGUGACAUGUACCUGGGAGGGCUGCCACCCGAGGGCCGCAGUGACAUGCCCCUGCCACCGGAGGUCUGGACGGCGCUAUUGAGCUACGGCUACGUGGGAUGCGUCCGGGACCUCUUCAUCGACGGCAAAAGCCGUGACGUGCGUCGGCUAGCGGAGAUGCAGAGUGCGGUGGGCGUGAGCAGCUUCUGCACGCGUGAGCUCCAGAAGAGGUGCAGCAGCGCCCCCUGUGGCAACGGAGGGGUCUGCAAAGAGGGCUGGAACAGAUACGUCUGCGACUGCACUGGCACCGGAUACCUCGGGCCCAACUGUGACAUCGAGGCGACGGUGCUGAGUUACGACGGCAGCAUGUAUCUGAAGGUCCUGAUGCCGCGCUCCAUGCAUACGGAGGCGGAGGAUGUGUCGUUGCGGUUCAUGUCUCAGCGUGCGUACGGCCUUCUCAUGGCCACCACGUCUCGAGAGUCCGCUGACACACUACGGCUGGAGCUGGACGGGGGGCGUGUGAAGCUCACGGUCAACCUAGAUUGUAUUCGGAUAGACUGUAACUUAAGUAAGGGUCCGGAGGUGUUGUACGCGGGUAAUAAGCUGAACGAUAACGAGUGGCACAUGGUCAAGGUGAUGCGGAGAGGGAAGAACCUCCAGCUUACCGUGGACAACAUCACAGCGGAAGGUCAGAUGACGGGAGCUCACACGCGGCUGGAGUUCCACAACAUUGAGACGGGCAUCAUGACCGAACGCCGAUUCAUCGCAGUCGUGCCCUCCAACUUCGUUGGACACCUGCAGGGCCUGGUGUUGAACGGCGCCCCCUACCUUGACCAGUGUAAGAACGGCGACAUCUCGCACUGCGAGCUGAACGCCCGCUUCGGAAUGCGCCACAUCAUCGCGGACCCGGUCAUGUUCCGAUCGAAAGGCAGCUACCUAGCGUUAGCCACGCUACAGGCCUACGCGUCCAUGCACCUCUUCUUCCAGUUUAAAACCACCACGCCGGACGGGCUGCUGCUCUUCAACAGCGGCGACGGGAGCGACUUUAUAGUCGUGGAGCUGGUCAAAGGGUACAUCCACUAUGUCUUCAACCUGGGUAACGGCCCGUCGCUCAUGAAGGGCAACUCUGACAAGCAGCUGAACGACAACCAAUGGCACAGCGUCGUGGUGUCACGUGACGCGUCCAACGUACACACACUCAAGAUAGACUCACGCACCGUUACACAGCACUCCAAUGGAGCACGCAACCUGGACCUCAAAGGAGAGCUGUAUAUCGGUGGCGUGGCCAAGUCUAUGUACACCUCUCUCCCCAAGCUGAUCGCGUCUCGAGACGGGUACCAGGGCUGUUUGGCGUCGGUGGACCUCAACGGCCGCCUGCCCGACCUCAUAGCCGACGCACUGCACAGGGUCGGGCAGGUGGAACGGGGCUGCGACGGCCCCAGUACUACGUGUGGGGAGGAGUCUUGCGGUAACCAGGGGGUGUGUCUACAACAGUGGGAGGGCUUCACCUGUGACUGCAGCAUGACGUCAUACGCUGGGACCUACUGCGGAGAACCUGGGACGACGUACAUCUUCGGCAAGGGAGGAGCCCUCAUCACAUACACCUGGCCCCCUAACGACCGCCCGAGCACGCGCGCCGACCGCCUGGCCCUCGGCUUCAGCACGCAGCUGAAGGACGCCACGCUAGUCAGGGUGGAGAGCGCACAAGGACUCGGAGAUUACCUGGAGGUUCACAUAGAGCGCGGGAAAGUGGGCGUGAUCUUCAACGUGGGCACGGACGACAUCAGCAUCGAGGAGAGCGCGGUCGCCGUUAGCGACGGGAAAUACCACGUGAUCCGCUUCACGCGGAGCGGGGGCAACGCCACCCUGCAGGUGGACAACCAGCCCGUCAUCGAACGAUUCCCCUCAGGGAGUUCGGAUAGCGAGAGACUGAGCCUAGCUAGGCAGCGCAUUCCCUUCCGAAUGGGCCGCGUAGUCGAUGAGUGGCUUGUCGAAAAAGGUCGCCAGUUGACCAUCUUCAACAGCCAGGCCUUCAUCAAGGUAGGGGGUGGUGGCCAGGGGCGGCACUUCCAGGGUCAGGUGUCGGGUCUCUACUAUAACGGGCUGCAGGUGCUCAAGCUGGCCGCCGAGAGCAACCCCAACGUACAGGUGACUGGUAACCUGCGUCUGGUUGGGGAUGUUCCGUCGGUCCUGACCACCGACACCACGGUAACCACCCCCCUGGCCGACAUGUCCACCACCAUCAUGGAAACCACCACUACCAUGGCAACCACCACCACCCGACGACAGAGGUCCCCCACCAUGAGAGACAGUGUCACACAGAAUACGGAUGACCUGUUGGUGGCGUCAGCUGAGUGUCCGAGUGAUGAUGAGGAUUUGGAGGAGUGUGAACCUGGAAACGCUAAUUAG